CUCACUCCCUCCUCUGUGUGCCGCCGAACCCUAGGAGUGUUACAGAGACUCACUCAGCCGCCGAGACAGAGAGCGCGAUGACGACCCGCUUCAAGAAGAACCGCAAGAAGAGAGGCCACGUUAGCGCAGGGCACGGUCGUAUCGGGAAGCACCGCAAGCAUCCCGGAGGUCGCGGUAACGCCGGAGGCAUGCACCACCACCGCAUCCUCUUCGACAAGUACCACCCGGGGUAUUUCGGUAAGGUCGGUAUGAGGUACUUCCACAAACUCCGCAACAAGUUCUACUGCCCCAUCGUCAACGUCGACAAGCUCUGGUCACUCGUCCCCCAGGAGGCCAAGGACAAGGCCACCAAGGACAACGUGCCCCUGAUCGACGUCACUCAGCACGGCUACUUCAAGAUCCUCGGUAAGGGGAAGCUUCCGGUCAACCAGCCCGUCGUGGUGAAGGCCAAGCUCAUCUCUAAGGUUGCUGAGAAGAAGAUUAAGGAAGCCGGCGGCGCUGUUGUGCUCACCGCCUAGGUUUGGUCUCGAGUUUUGCGAAUUCUAGGAGUUUUGAUUUUGUUCUGCGUUUUUUAAAAAUGUUUAUGUGGUUUAGACUGCCUGGAGACAGCUAUGUUAUGUUUUCGGAUAUCGAUAAACGGAUGUUUAAUGGCUUUUCAUGUUUAUGGGAUUUGCUUAAUUAUCUGUG